AUGGCGACAAAUGGCCCACACAAGAAGCAGCAGCAGAAGAAGAAAGGCAGCAAAAAUGAUGGAGUCGCAGUUCCGAGCAGCAGCAAAGAACGUUCCAAACCCAGAAACUGGUGGCCGAAUCUACCGGAGCAGCUCAUCCGCUUGAUAGCUAGUGAGUCGACUUUCUCCCCCUCCGAUCUGACAGUAGACAGGGAAUGGUCCCUGAUGCGGAAAAUCACCUGCACAAGCGUCACCAAAUCAUGGCGAAUCCCAUCACACAAGUCCACCCACUCCAUUUCUGCAGGGCCGUGGCUCGAGCUCCACAACAACCCUUCGAUUGUUAACGGGUUGCAGCAGGUUCUGCUACAUCAAAGGUUCGAGCUCGGUUGCAUUUCUUGGGGAGGAAGAUGGAAGAAGCCCGAAGAAACUUCCACUCUGGAAUUCCUGGGAUGCACCGAUGGAUUUCUGGUGAUCAAGUCGUUGUUAUGUCCAAGCAGGGAGAUGAUCCUCUGGGACCCAUUCUUGAGAAUGUCGCGUUUUUUGCCCAAAUGGUGUCCCGAUGUUCCCACUCUUUUACCUGCUCUCUCUUCGUCCUGCCGGUUCCUCUCCAAAAAGAAAUCCCCGAUUAUGAUUGUUCUCACCGGAGCCAGCUGCCCGGCUUUCGCAUUUAGCCGAUUGGGUCUGCACGGAGAUUCCGACUGGCGAAAGAGCGACUGCAGAAUUGUAGACCCACAUUGUUCCCGUGGGCGUUGGAUGCGAUUCAGCAAUGGGAUCUGGUUUCAGGACAGAUUCUAUGCUCUGAGUGUGGAAGGCACGCUGGCUGUUGUAGAAGAAGAUGUGAAUUCCGAUCUUCUGCGGAUUACGAAAUUCGGGAAGCAGAGAGCGGUUCCGGAUUCAGAUCUGGCCGCUACGCGGCGUUUCAGGGAGUGUUUGGUGGAAUCGGAAGGGAAAGUGGUGCUGGUUUUUCUGGGUUCGGCUAGAUCUAUGGAGACGGUGGAUCACGUGGAGGUUUUCAGGCUAGAACUAAAGGAGCUGGCGUGGGUUAGGGCGAGGAGCUUGGGAGGGGCAGCGUUGUUUCUGGGUUCCAAUACUUGUGUGUCUGUUGAGGGGAAGAAGUUGUUGGAAUGCAAGGGAAACUGCGUCUACUUUGCUGCUUCUGGGAAUGGCGGCGGCUGGGGAGUUUAUGACGUUGAAUCUGGAGUUAUUUCCUCUUGUGAGAGGGACUUUGGUGGCAGAACAGAUCUGUUUCAGGGAAAUACAACAACUCUUCUGUGUAAACUACAACGAAGAGCUGAUUGA